CGCGCUCCCGCUCCGCCUCCUCCCGGGCUGCUGCCCCGGGCUCGGCUCCAGCGCCGGGAGAGGGGUCGGCGGAGCAGGGUUAUUCCCAGCAUCGCAACUCUUCCAUCAUGUCUGACCCAAUAACACUCAAUGUUGGAGGAAAACUUUAUACCACUUCCCUUUCCACACUGACUAGCUUUCCAGACUCCAUGCUGGGUGCCAUGUUUAGUGGGAAGAUGCCAACCAAGAAGGAUAGCCAAGGCAACUGCUUCAUUGACAGGGAUGGCAAAGUCUUCCGUUACAUCCUGAACUUCCUGAGAACAUCCCACUUGGACCUCCCGGAUGACUUCCAGGAGAUGGGCUUGCUUCGGCGGGAGGCAGACUUUUACCAGAUCCAGCCGCUGAUUGAGGCUUUGCAGGAGAAGGAGGUGGAGCUGUCCAAAGCUGAGAAGAAUGCCAUGCUCAACAUCACCCUGGAUCAGAGGACGCAAACGGUUCAUUUCACCGUGCGAGAAGCUCCCCAGAUCUACAGCCUGUCAUCCUCCAACAUGGAAGUGUUCAAUGCCCACAUCUUUAGCACAUCGUGUCUGUUCCUGAAGCUCCUUGGCUCCAAACUUUACUACUGCUUCAACGGCAAUCUCUCUUCAAUAUCCAGCUACCUGCAAGACUCCAAUCACUUGACCCUGGAUUGGGUGGCAACUGUGGAAGGUCUUCCAGAAGAGGAAUACACUAGACAGAACUUAAAGAGACUUUGGGUGGUGCCGGUUAAUAAGCAAAUUAAUAGUUUCCAGGCCUGUGCUUUCCUGUCAAGCCAAGACUCAUCCCAGUCCUAAAAGAGCAUGAUGUGGUACUGAAACAUUGAAGUCCCCAGCAGGACGUUGUGGAGGAGCUGUGUCUGGUUGCUGUUAUUAAACCACGAAGAUCCAUGCAACUCUUGCUCUCUUCUCUGCAUUUACUGUAGAGAUUACAAACAAGGCAACGUCUCCUGUGUCACUGCUAACAACCAGAUGUUGCAGCAAGUGCUGCUCGUGACUUCAUAUGUAUUACAGCCUGUUUUGAGUCAGCAGUGAAACAACACCCCAGUACGAUACAGCUGGCACCAUGCUGCUAGAGGUUCUGUCUUUUGCACGGAUGUAAAACAGAGGCCCUGACCCAGCCGUUAAAAAUCACUUGGCAACUUUCACAACAUUAAGAGGAUUUUAAUCUGCAUGUUUUGGCCUGAGUCCAAACUUGAGUAAUUGAGUCCUUCCAAUUUAAAAGUUAUCUUGCAGUUUCAGCUGGAUUGGGAGGUGUUUUUCACUCCUGAUACUAAACUGUAGUAGAGUAUUGCAGUAGUAUUGUAGUAGAGUGUGUACAGUUAAACAGCAGCCACGUUCCACUUCAAAGGGUGGUUGGUACAUGUCAGUGAGGAAGCAAGGCAGCUUUUGUGUGAAUCUAGUUCAUAGGAUUAGUUUGUAUAUAAGCUGGAUAUUAAUGCGUGUUAGAUUAUUUGGAUAAUGUCACAUCAUGUGCCUUAAAACAAAUAAGCAGACAAGGUUACCUUGGAUUUAGUACUGUUGGAGGCCUUAAGGGUACACUGGAACUUUACGCCAGCCCCUGAGCACAGAUGUCAAUUUACAACUUCUCUAGCAGGCAUUUUUAUAUGUUAAGAGCAAAGGAAUAGUCAACAGUAGUCCUUGGUUUUCCUGUACUUUUUUAAUUCAAUAGGGCUCAAGGCAGUAGGGCAGAUUCCAAGCUAGCUCUGGUGAAGUCUGGCCUGAUAUGUCCUCAAUUCUGUUUCAUCAAAAGAAAUCAACAUUGUCAUAAGCCUAUUUAAAUGUGCAGCAGUGAGAAGGCAGGCACCAGGAACACUGUUGUAUAGAUGAACACCAGCCACGGGAGCUGGAAAAGGUGGCAGCUGUACACCUCAACCUCCAUCACAGGUCAGCACUGCAGAGCAGGGCAGCACCCAGGUUAGAUGACAAGCUGGUGCCUUUGCAUCAUUCAGAUGGUAUAAAUGGUACUAAUGACACUACAGCUGUUAAUAUUCCUCCAUCCAUUUAGAGACUGUACGUAGACAGUGAAAAGGAGCUUCCUUUGCAGUGUUUCUCGAAAUAAGCAGCGAAGAGAAUGAAUAGCUGUAAAAGAGAACUCCACCUCCGCUAAGAGGAAAGGGAUAGGGCUGUGAUAAGCAGGGAUCCUGGUUUUCCCAAUUUAAAACAAUCCCCAAUUUUUGGUUUAAAAAAAAUUACCCCCAAA